AAGCAGCCAUCUUUUUCUCGGGAAGCAAUCCACGAUGAAACAGUCGAAGUAGAAACUCGGGGUCCUUUCUUCGUCCGAGGAGUCCGCACCGGUACGGAUCCCUAAGCUCGCUGUGGCUUCGUCCGCUCCGAUCCUUCGUUUUCUUGGUAAGAGAUCGGGGAAUGGAGUUUCGUAGCAUGAAACGGAAAGAACUGCAGGCGCUGUGCAAGAAGCAUGGCGUGCCUGCUAACUUGACGAACCGCGAGAUGGCAGAUCGGUUGAGUUCGAUCUUCGAGCAGGAGACCGAGAAGUCUGUUGUCCAGUGGAAGUGUAACUCUGAUGGUUCGGUAGAACCAACCCGUGAAACUGAUGGUAAGGCCGCGCAGCAGAAUGUGAAGAAAGUGAGGUUUAGCCCUGUCGAUGAAACGUUUGUCUUCGUCAGUUCAAAUUUGAAAUGUACUUCAAGAGAGAAGCGAGCUAAUGCAAGGGGUUCUAGCUGUCGACAGAGUUUGGCUGUCAAAAAAUCUCGCAGGAGAGUAGUUUCUGUUGGAUCUAUGCGGAGUCCGGUUAGGGCAACAAGGUCGAGGGCUGGAAAAGUAGUUGAUAAGGAUGCAGCCCAAAUUUUUUCGCCUGUUAUUAGGAAGAAGAGCAGGCCAGGAGAGGUGAAGUUCGUCAACAAUGAAAUUCAGAGCAUUGAUGCUGGUGAUGUGAAUCCUGAACUGAGUGCCAGCAAUAAUUGCGAGAAUCCUCAGGUUGAAGUUGCAGCCCCACUUCGAUGGCACUUGAGAAGCAGGAGAGUAGGAGUUGAGAAAGAUAGCAAAGUUGAGGGCACAACUAUAGAAAAUACGAGGAAGAACGUAAGACCAUCAGAUGCCAAGAAGAGGAACAGAAAUGAUACUGAAGGGCAUUUGCAUUCAGACGACAAACCUGAAGAUGGUUCCCUAGCAUUUGUGAGGGCACAACAAAGGAAGACUACUCGGCAUUCAAAGCGCAUGGAAAGAGGGAAGACAGAUUCAAAGUUGUUGAGCGAGGAAUCAGAGGCAGUCAAAUCUGUAGGGAGAAUAACGCAGUCCAGGGCUCCGAGAGGGGAUCGUGCUUCUACUGUUAUAGCACUAAAUGAAAUUGUGGAAGCUCAGGGAGAGAUUGAGGUUGUCAAACUUGGUCAAUCGCCAAAGAUUGUCGGCAGAAGGACACGAAAAUCAACUGCACAAGAUGAAAAUCCACUAAGCGAGAAUGAUGGUCCAGAGGGUAAAAAAUCUGAUAUUUUCACAGGAAGGAGUGUGGAGAGGAGGAAGACUAAAAGAAUGAAGCGCAAUGCAGCAGCAGGUUCAAAAUCUCUAGUGGAUGCCGACGUCGCUCGUGUUAAAUUUUGUUCUCAAAAGAAGUCCAGCCUUGAUGCUUCUACCAUUGAAGCUGAAAGUAGGAAAGCUGAGGUUCUAGAGGAACAUGAAGAGGUUGAUUCCCUCGGACACAUAUCAAAUGGUUCCGGCCAAAGUGUUCUGAGGGGAAAGCAUUCUCCUGUUCAUAUGGGUAAAGAGCGAAAUGUACUCGUUCUUGAGAACAAGACAAGAAGACGAAACAAAGACACGUGUCACAAGUUAGGGGCUUCAGAGUUUAGGGUUGCUGUUGAUCCUGUCAAUGUCCUUCCCCUUAGAAGAUCCAGAAGGAAAGCUAUUCCAUCUGCUGUCCUUACUGAUACAGAGUUCAUUGCUCAUCCAACUGACAGGAAGAAUUUGCGACGGAGCCCAUAUAAUACUGCAUCAGAAGUAGAAACUUCGGCAAAAGAACAGUCAUUGAAGAAAUUGAUGACUAAUGCCCUUGUACACAAUUCAAGGGUGACCUCAGAUGCACCUGCAAAGCAAAAGGGGGGAAAAGCCUCAAACGGAGAAAUGGAAUAUUCUGGACCUUCAACUGAAGAACCCAGGACCAGCAGACAGUCUAAAAGAGGUACUUAUAAAUUUAAACAUGGUUCAUCCAUGAAAAGUAUUGUUAAAGCUGACGCCAAGAGGCGAAAAGGCAGUGCAACAAUCACAGCAGAGUCAGGUGCAAGAGCUGAAAGUGCUGAGAUGAUGGAUGAGGCUUUGAAUAUUUAUGUCUACUUGGAUGUGCCGGCAGUUCUGGAACGUGAAGAUGGGUUGGAAAAGAAUGGCAAAAUAGAUAAAGAUGAGUGCUCAAAGAACAAGGGAUCAGAUGGCAAGGCUGGAGACAUAACAGGAGUUAAUACUUGUGAUUUUUAUGCAAAAAACAUCUAUAAAAACGAUGACCUUGCAGCACAGUCGGGCAAUGCUCUGGUUUCAGCAGCUGAGAAGUCACAAGCGGUUGAUGUGAAGUGUGGCUUAGAGGAACUCCCAACUGAUUCUUUCGUUAUAGCUGAGAAGCCAACAGUUCUAAUUGAGGACGACAGAGGGAAAGUCCAGGAUUCUGUCAAUCGGUCAUGUCAAGCUUUGGGCAGAGCAGAAGAUAGCAUUCCUGAACAAGUAUCUUCAAGAGCUCAAAUUGAGGAUAUGAAAGCUGUCUCCCACCAAGAUGAAUCUCUCACUCGGAACUCAGAUAGCAUGGAUGAAACUUCCGAUGCUCCCUUAUGCUUGGAGAAUAAACCAGAAACAGAACACUUAUAUAUUGGAGAAGAUGCUUAUCCAAGAAGUGUUGAGGAAUUAGGUCUCAAGGAUCAUAUGGAUGAGUGUGGGCAAAGAGGAAUCACAAAGAGAGGUCCGGUAGAUGCUGAUGAGCACACUCAUCAAAUUGUUCUUCUUGAUGCUAGCACUAAUGAGGAAAAGAAUCAAGCGUAUGAGGCCAGUGAAGUACAUGACAAAAACUUAAGGCCACAAGUUGGUACUUUCAAAACUGCUACAGAAGAUGUCGUGGCCAUUCAGUUGCACAACAGCUGCUCUAGUCUGCCAAGAACUCCAGAAAUGCUUGCAUUAGGAUGCAGAGAGGCCAAUCAACUAAAAACUAUCAGUUUGGUCAUCUCAUCACUUCAAAGCGAUGGUCCUUUUGGAGGAGACAGAUAUACUAGCCGUGAGACUGAAUUUUCAAAUGAAAGAGAACAACCAGAGCAGACAGUAAUGGAUGCAGAGGAUGGCUUAUGCACUUCUGAAAAAACCACAGAAGAACCAGGGAUAAAGCAAAGGGAAAGCCAAGAGCCACUGGAAAUUGUGGAAGCAGCAGCGGCAGCCUGUGAGGUGACUAUAGACAAGGUUGCUGAAGGAAAUCAAUCUGCCGAUGCGAGUUUCUCGCUUUCAAACCCGAUAGAUGCUCAAAUUACCAGAGAAAAAGUACGAGAAGUUGAGGAAGGAAGCUCUGACAUUGCUUCUGAAAAGCCUUUGGGUAAUUUCACUCGACAGUCUUCUGGAAAAGAUCUCAGCAUGAUCCCGCGAUUUAACGCUCCUGUUGCUAAGAAAUGUCUCCUCUCUUACGAGCAACCUCUUCAAAAGGCGUCAGAAAAGCAAGGAAAAGAUGGUAAAGGGCAAUGUCCAUUGGUAGAAGAAUGUUUCUGUACCUUUGGGGAGGAAAUUUCCAACAAACCAGCUAUCAAAAGUGAAAGUGACCUAACCAGUGUGGAGGUUGGAAUGGAAAAUAAAGAUAAAAUUCAAGAGGACUCUACCGCAGAGGAGGAUAAUGGAGUCCAUUUUCGAACAGAUUUAAUAAACGCACGUGAUGAUGACUUGAAAGACAAGCUGCAAGUGGAUUGUACAGGUACAUGUCCAGAUGAGCCAGGCUCUGAUACUGAUGAGCAUAGAGAAAAUGGUCCGAUGAUGCGAAGCUUUGAAUCUGGUUUUGAUGAAACUGGCAAAUCACCCAUGGAAACAGUUAGUGCCCAAGCAGUUGGCUUGAUUACUUCAGUAGAGGGGAGCAGUGCUGAAGACAAAGGCAUCCCCAGUGAAAUGGUUGCUCUGCAUUCUCUCAAUACUUUUGACCAUGAAAUGUCGUCCUGCACAAAUGAUGUCUCUAAGGACAAUGAUGGCUAUGAAGCUGGGGGAAAUCUUGAAGAUGAGAUUCUUUCACCAGUAAAAGAUGGAAAUUCUCCAACUCACAGAUUUCUAGAUGCCAAUUCAGAAGAGAACGGUUUAGAGGUGGAAGAAAAGAGCUUCCUUAGCUCUUGCGAUGUGAACAAUAUCAUGAAGCCAGCAGCUAACACAGAGGUAUUGAUUGAAUCAAUUCUGCAAGUAAUUUCAAGCAGAAAGGAUCAGGUCUUAGACAUGAAAGAAGUCAUGAAUGAUAGUUCCAGUCACCAACUUUGUGGAAAUUUAAAUGCUGAAAAAGGUGCAGACACCGAUACCAUUCCUAGUAGGGUUGCCAGUGAAAAUUUCCAACCGGAUGAAUCAAAUGCACUGAGAAUUUGUCAUAUGAAAGUACUUGGUGAAAUCGAAGAUGUUCUCAACGUAGCCUGUAAUACAGAGGCCGUUGCUUUCCAUAAAUGCUUGAAAGAACAGAAUCUUGAACAGUGCAGUCAUAUUGUUGAAGAGGGAGAUUUGCACCUUAGUCUGGACCAACCAGCUGAUAAGUAUGAUCUUGAGGAGGCGGCUGCACAUCUAAAUUGUGGUCCUGAAGGAGUGGUUGCUUUGGAAAAUAACAGUGUUGAUCUUCCACAAAGUUCCAAUUUUGAAUUUGCACAUUUUGAGUCCCUGGAGAAGAAAGGAACUGUGAGUUCUCUGUCUUCGAGCUCAUAUGGCCAUAAGCAGGAGGAAUUGGAUGAUGGUGGUCAGCAGGAGGAGAUGGGGUUUAAAGUGGACAAGAUGGAGCUGACUGCAUCAUCUAAUCUAAACUUUUCAGCCAAUCAAUCUGCAAACCAUUCUGAAAACCUUGAAGCACUUGAAGAAGGAAAUUCUGAUGUUAUUGAAGUAGGCAAUUGUCAUUUGCCACGUGCUGGUGGAGAGGAGUUGAAUGCACAAAAGGAAGCUCUAAGCUUCCAUCAAAAUAACAAAGGGAGCAUCUGCAAAUUUUAUGAAGUUGAAGAGGAAGCUUCCUCUGCAACUGUGACCAUCGUGGCGGUGGAUAAACUUAACAAGGAAGAAGAUGGAAACACAACAUCAGUUUUUCUCCAAGAUUGCGUUCAAUUUCAUGGAGACGAGUCUACAAAGAUCGAUCUUGACACUACAAUUACUCCAGGAGUGGCUGCUGAAGAUCCUAAGUGUAACUUCAAUGAAGUCUUGGGAACCAUGCUGCACUCUGAUGAACAGAAGAUUGUUCGUUGCGAUGGUCAAAGAGGAAAUUGUUUGUGGCCAGACCAAAAGGUGCCAGCAACCUUGGAAUAUCCUAUCCCCUUAGAACCUAUAUCUGCAGAUGUCAGCAUAUAUGUUGGAACUACAGAAAGCGGACUCAUCCCAAAGGAUAUCAGGACAGAUGCUGUCCAAUUUGAUGAUGAUAAAUUACUGAAGAGAAGUCAUUUGGAUGAGGUCAGCAGUCACAUGAUAGAAGCUGCUCCUAAUGUCAAUAGUCCCAUUGAGAUAGUGAAUACUUCUCGUGAAGAUAUCUUACAUACAGAAGAUGAAGCUAGCGCGUUGAUUAUGCAAGAAAAUCCAGAAACUUUUAAUCUUGAGUAUGGCUCUACGCCAGCUGGAGAAACCACAUUGUCUCGGCAUGGCAUGACUAUUGGCUAUGAAUGGGAUAAGACGAAUUCUGUAGGCGAGCGUUUAGUUGUACAUCCAUGUGAUGAACCAAAUAAGGCUUCAGAUUCUUCCAUUGCACCUCCUCUGAAUGUUGUGCCAUUUCCUGGGGAAGACCCAUCUAAAGAAAACAAUGUGGACAUCGGCACCAAUGCCAAAGAGAAGAGCGAUGGGGACAGAGCGGAAGUUAUAGCGCAGGAAGCUCAUGAGCCUCAAGAGGACCAUGCUGUUUUUGGAAAUGCCAGCGACUCUAACCAUAGCUCAGGAGCUUGCAGAGAAGUUGCUAAAGAGUAUGCCGGAGAUGAUGAAGUUGCGUCUGUGCAAACUGAUCCUGUUGUGUGUGAAUCUUCUUGUACGAAAGGUGAAAGGGUUGUUGAACACAAUGAAGAAACACUUGGUUCUGGAAGGCUUGAUGAGCCUGCCACUGAAUCCAAUCUACUUUCUGCAAAUGCUGACUCUAGCAGUGAUUUUUCUCUGAUUUCAUCAAUUGGAGAUCCAUCAAUUCUUGAAAACAAGUUUUUGGAGAGUCAAGUGGAGUCGCAGACAUUUACUAGUUGGGAAAUGAGCUUUGUAUUUGGAGACAACUCACUAGACAGUGUAGGAAAAUUGGAUGCAGACACAGGGGAAGAGAGACAGAGAAAUGGAAAUGCCAAGAACGCUGACUAUGUAGAGGUAAGGAUCGCCAAGUUGGAAGAAAAGGCUCCAGUAGUUACUGUAGAAGUUUCAAAAGAUCAUGUGGAUCGUUUUGAUGCUCAAGUUACUCUAUUAAAUGAGACUUUCUUGAAGAACCAAGAAAACAAGGAAGAUAUGAUCAGAGUCACUGAUGAUGAGCACUCUAAGGAUGGGGCCACAUUUGAAUACUCCCGUGAUUUGGAACAUGAAAAGAAAGAUGUGACAGAGGACCGUUGCAGUAAUUCCCCGGGCACAGAGGAGCUUACCAUUAAGAAUGAGAAAGACUCAACGGAGCAAGAAGUCUCUGCCAUGAUUCAAGAGUAUAUGGAUCGCGAGAAGUUGGAAGAUGGGAGUACUGAGGUUAGGGUUUCCUGUGUUGAUAGCAGAGAGAAAGAACUUGCUCAUGUUAAUGCAAGUGGUCGUGCCCCUUCGGAUGUAUGCCCACUACAACAUGCUCCCAGUGAGUUAAGAAAGGAGCAUUUGUCAUUUUCAAGUUAUGCCAAUGAAAAUGUUGAAUUAGGAAUAAAAAAGGAGAAAGAGACAUUUAUUCCGAAUUCAGACAACCAUAGUCCGGCAUCUGUCAAUUUGUCUGCAAGAACAGAUGUAGCUGAAAAUGUCACAAUGCAGCAGCUGAAUCUGAUAUCGCCUCUGACCAAGAGUUUGGACGUAAAAAUGGAGGAACCUGGGAAGCUUAUCAAUUCCUCAAUGGUGGGAAGGACAAAAGCCAGGAGCAAUUUCAUCAAGAAAACGCCGAAGAAGUUGCUUGCAACUUCAGAUAUGAAAGAGAAUAUGCUGAGCACUAAGUGGGAGCAAGUCGGUAGCGUCACAGCUUCCAAAACAGCGAAAACCAGGAGGGUCUUGGAGGAUCUACAGAGGAAACAGAUAUAGGAAUUCUGUGGCCCGUUGGUCUUUUACCUUUCUGGGAAAGCACUCGGCAUAACUCGUGCCAGUGCUCAUGAAACAGGAUGUACCAUUGAAACUAACUUAUUCUGCUAGUGUAGUUUGAUUUCUGAAGCUUUUCUAAAGGCAAGACAGCCGAUUGUUUGUACUAGGCAAAUUUGGGUCUCGGUACGAAUCAACUGAAUUCUCGGCUUGAUUCAGACAAUUGAGUUGUAUCAUUGCAAAGCAGAUAACUUUGAGUGUAGGUGAGUGGUUGAAGAAA